AUAUAGACGAAUGUGUGACGGGCGUGGCGUUGUGUGCGCACCAAUGCCUGAACACUCACGGCUCCUACCAAUGCCUGUGCAACGCUGGCUACGAACUCGGGGCAGAGGGCAAGCAGUGUUACCGAAUAGAGAUGGAGAUUGUGAACAGCUGCGAAACCCGCAACGGGGGCUGCUCCCACUUGUGCCAACACACCAGCGCUGGGCCGGCCUGCGGCUGCAAUUUCGGAUACAGCUUGGAUGAAGACCAAAAGACUUGCAUUGAUACCAACGAAUGCAACACGGGGUCUCACUGCUGCCAACAAGGGUGUUACAAUUACCCUGGGGGUUACGAGUGUGUUUGUUACGCUGGCUAUCAGCUCAACCCCGCAGGCUGCGGAUGCGAUGAUCUGGACGAGUGCUCGGCGAAUAACGGGGGCUGCGAACAUUUUUGCCGUAACCUGGUGGGUUCGUUUGUUUGCGGAUGCCGGAUGGGGUUCAAAUUAGACGAAGAUCGCAGGAGCUGCCUUCACCUCGAGGAGGCCACAGAGGCCGUGGAUGGACAGCGACCCGUUAUCCGGCCGCUCCCCCACGUGGCUCUUUUCCAUGAUGGGCUCACCCCGUUUUUUGAUGAUGAAUACGAGGAUGAAGAGAUGGAAGGGGCCGAAGCCAGAGGAGAAUACACUGUCUCGGAGAAGUUCA